AUGGCGGACUUUCCGAGUAUUUAUAGAAUUCUUGGCACGGUUUUGAUUGCGUCUUUAAUGACUGGAAGAAUGUUGUGGAAUACACCAGACUUUAGAAGAGGAAGAUUUGCUGCAAAGAGAUUAUUCCCAUUGAUUGAGACGGUUCCUGAUGAUUCCUCAACCGAGGAAGAAAAUAAACCCUUGGAAGAGUGCAAAGGCGCUGUGUCGUUUGAAAACGUCACUUUCAAAGAUCCAGUUCAGCCGGACGUUACAGUUUUGGACACAUUUUCUAUGUCAGUUGGAGCUGGUGAGUCUGUAGCUAUCGUUGGCGCCAAGGAAAUCGAGAAAAAGGCAAUUGUAGAAUUAAUGGAACGAUUCUAUAGUCCGCUUUCUGGUACCAUUAAGUUGGACAAUGUCGAUAUACAGAAUCAAAAAUUGCGCUGGUUCCGUUCUCAGAUCGGCGUUGUGAAACAGGAAGCACUAUUUUUCGACAUUAGCAUCGUCGACAAUAUUCUUUAUGGAACCAUCACGGGAGUAGCCGAAGUGGUCGAAGCUUGCAAGGCUCUCAACAUUCACGAGGCCAUAAAAUCUUUACCAGAGGGCUACAAUACGAAACUGGAAGACGCAGUUUUACCAUUCCACCCCCAAAGAAUCGUCAUUGCGAGAGCGAUUGUGCGAGAUGCCCAAAUAUAUUUCAUUGACUGUGAAAGUCUUGUUUUGACCCGACCAACUGAAAAAAUAUAA